AUGGAGAGAAGUCAGCUGCUGCAGCUGAUUCUUCUCCACACAGCCUGGUUGGUGGGGAGCGGCCAGCUCCAUUAUUCUGUGCCGGAGGAAUCCCAGCACGGCACCUUCGUGGGCCGCAUCGCCCAGGACCUGGGGCUGGAGGUGGAUGAAUUGGUGCCUCGGAUGUUUCGGAUGGUGUCCAAAGAACACAAGGAUUAUUUAGAGGUAAAUGUGCAGAAUGGGAUCUUGUUUGUGAAUUCCAGGAUAGACAGGGAGGAGCUGUGUGCUCAGAGUCCCAUGUGUACCAUUCAUCUAGAGAUGAUUGUGGAUAAACCUCUGAAGAUCUUCCAUGCAGAGGUUGAGAUCAGUGACAUUAAUGACAAUGUUCCCAUUUUUCCAGUAAGUGAGCAUCAACUGUUUAUUUUAGAAUCUAGGCUAUCGGGCUCCUAUUUCCCACUAGAGGGAGCUUCAGAUGCAGAUAUUGGUUUGAAUGGUCUGCUAACCUACAACCUCAGUCCAAAUAAUUAUUUUCAGCUACAUGAAGAGAAGCAUGGUAGCCACAGAAAAUCUUUAGCACUGGUGCUAAAGAAUUCCCUGGACCGAGAAAAAUCCCCAGUACACCAUUUAUUACUUACUGCCAUGGAUGGAGGACAACCAGAGCUAAGUGGCACAAUGCAGUUGGAGAUAAUGGUCCUAGAUGCAAAUGACAAUGUCCCCAUAUUUAACCAGACUGUAUAUGAGGUGAAUAUACUAGAAAAUAUCACUGUGGGAACAUCAGUAAUUACACUAACUGCUCACGAUUCGGAUGAAGGAUCUAAUAAAGAAAUACUGUAUUCUUUCAGCAAUAUGGCAUCCGGCCUUUUGAGACACACUUUCUCUAUAGAUUCAAGCACAGGAGAAAUCAAAACAAAAGAAGAGAUAGAUUUUGAAGACAUUAAGUUAUUUGAACUACAAGUCGAAGCUGCAGAUCAAGGAUCAUACUCUUUGGUUGGACACUGCAAAGUUCUGAUCCAGGUUUUCGAUGUGAACGAUAAUGCUCCAGAAGUGUCUGUGACAUCCUUGUCUGUGCCAGUGAUGGAAGACUCUCCGCUGGGGACAGUGGUGGCACUGAUCAGUGUCUCAGACCGGGAUGGAGGCAUCAAUGCUCAAGUGAGCUGCACCCUAUGGCCUCCUGGCCUUCCCUUCAAGCUGGUGUCCACGUUCAAGAAUUACUACUCUCUCGUGGUGGCUGAGCCCCUGGAUCGGGAGCGGGAAGCAGAAUACAAGCUGGUAGUGACAGCUCAGGACCAUGGGGCUCCAUCACUAUCAACCACCAGCAGCCUGGUGGUGCCCAUUGGCGAUGUGAAUGACAAUGUGCCUACCUUUGGCCAGGCUUCCUACACAGUCUUUGUGAAGGAGAACAAUCCACCCGGUGCCCACAUCUUCACGGUUUCUGCCUCAGAUAAAGAUGUGGCUGAAAAUGCUCUGAUCAGCUACAGGAUAGAUGAGAAGCUCUGGCCCCUGUCGAGCUACAUCUCAGUGCACUCAGAGAGCGGGAAGCUCUAUGCCUUGCAGCCCUUGGACUAUGAGGAGCUAAAGCUGCUGGAGUUCCAAGUGAGCGCCAAGGAUGCCGGGCUGCCAUCCUUGUGUGGCAACAUAACAGUGCAAGUCUUUGUGGUGGAUGAGAAUGACAAUGUGCCUACAGUGUCCAGGGCAGCAGAGGUCCCCAUCUUGCUGGUGGCCCCUGUGGCUGCAGGGCAUAUGGUGGGAAAAAUCCAUGCCAUGGAUGCUGACUCUGGCUACAAUGCAUGGCUACGCUAUGAACUUCAUGAAGGAAGUGGUAGCUCCUGGAGAGUGGGGCUUUACAGUGGUGAGAUUAGCACUACACAUGCCCUGGAUGAGGCAGAUGGCAUAGGCAACAGCGUGACUCUGUGGGUGCUGGUGAAGGACCAUGGCAAGCCUGUGCAGUCAGCCACAGCCACACUCAGUAUAUCUCUGGUAGCAAGCACGCAGCCUGUCCAAGCUGAUGACCACCUUCUCAGGAUGGGAGGGAGCCCAAUGGCUCUGGUGGACACUACAAAUAUCUAUCUGAUCAUCGCCAUCUGCUCAGUGUCCAGCUUGUUCCUUCUGGUAAUUAUUGUGUAUAUGGCCCUGAAGUGCCAGGCUCAGCUCAAGGAUGCUGCAGUGCAUGGCCCUGGCACUGCCACACUAGUGUGUGCCAGCGAAGUGGGCAGCUGGUCAUAUUCACAACGCCAUAGCCGCAACUUGGGAUACGUGGCUGGAGAAGCUGGUAUCAAGAGUGACCUCAUGGUUUUCAGUCCCAAUAUUCCCGUCUUUGCUAUGAAUGCAGAGGUAGGAAAUGCAAAGGAGCUUGUUCCAAAUUCAUCUGGAGAGGUAAGUCAGGUGGAAGAUUUAAGAUCCUUGAUAUUGACACUCCUGUAUUCUUUUCGGAUUUGA